UUGCUUUCGACUCAUUCGAAUUUUACUUCUCGCUGAGGCAACAACAACAACGUAAUUUUUACUAGCUUCAAAAAUUUAUUGGAAUGGAAUCUGUGUUUCGUGAGGCAUUUUGUGGGGGCGCUGCAGCACACCAGGCGGCGCCUUCAUGGAUGAAGCUGGCCAAACGCAAACCCAAGACACUCGACAAUCCCGGUACCAUGGACGAGCUGUUCAGCAAGGUGCGGGAUACUCAACCGAAUUGCUUCGAUGGCGUCAAGGUAGUGCUGAACAAGCCGUUGAGCAACCAUUUCCAGAUGUCGCACACCCUCCAGUUGGGCAACACAGCGCCGAGCUACCACUUGCUGAGCACUUACGUGGGCAGCAAGAUCCACACGCCGGCCGAAGCGUUUCCCGUGCUGUUGGGGGAUCUUGACGGAGAGGGCAACCUAAACUGCAACAUAAUCCAUCAGAUCAGCGAGCGCCUGCGCUGCAAAGUGAGCGCUCAAUUCCAGCCGGGCAUUCAGAACGCACCCAGCCAGGCGACGGCCGACUAUCGCGGCACUGACUUCUGCUGCUCGCUGACUCUGGGCACGCCCGGACUCGCCACUGGCUGCGGCAUGAUCGUGGCCAACUUUCUGCAGGCAGUGUCCCGCCGCUGGGCCAUCGGCUCCGAGCUGGUCUACCAGGGCGGCUCCAAUGUGCCGGGCGGACAUACGGCCCUGAUCUCGCUGGCGGGGCGCUACGAGACUGGCCAGUCCAUGUCCUUGGUCCGCAUUGCACCUUUGGGCAUACAUUUGGGGCACUGGCUGAAGUGCAGCGAUCAGCUACAGAUUGGCCUGGAGCUGGAGACCUGUAUCCGCGCGAUGCUGUCGGUGGCCACGAUCUCCUACCUAGCGGAAAUAGAGAAGGGCGAUGUGCAGUGUCGCGGCAGCAUCGAUUCUAACUGGCGCGUGUGCGGCUCCUUAGAGAAGCGCUUGCAACACGUGCCCUUCACGUUCCUGCUCUCUGGAUGCCUGCAGCUCAAAACGGGCACCAUGAAAAUUGGAGCGGGAAUUAUAGUUGGGUGAAGAGCGCGGCACAAUAAUCGUAGAUUUUAUCAUAUCAUUUUUAAAUUGAAUUUGUUUGAAAUUUGGCAAUAGUGUAUGGCAAUAUAAAUGUACUAAAA